AUGGACUCGCGGCGUCCAGACAAGCGUCGACCAGACAGAGAAUACCAGCACUCCGCCAAGAAGCCACGUCUCGAAACAACACAAUCCCAGCACCGCCAGCAGCAUAACGGCAACGGUAACAGCCACAGCUUUACUCACCCGCACUAUGGCCAGAACGGCCCCAGCCCUUCGUACACCAAACCAAAAGCGUCUCAAAAAGCUCGCUACAAUCCAACAACUCCAGGUCCAACUCUAAAAGGCCCCCUGCCUCCUCUUCCUCCCAUCUCAGAAGCCUAUGCCAAACCUACGUUCACACACCCUUCACGCGCCCCUCGCGAGCACUCUUUGCAAGGCCGGCCUACCACUGACCCCAACACCAUGCAAUCCUACGACCGGCUCGAGUUCCUCGGCGACGCCUACCUCGAAGUGAUCGCCACACGCCUCAUCUUCAGCCGCUACCCCUCCCUCCCGCCAGGCCAGAUGUCGUCACUGCGUGAGCGAAUGGUGCGCAACAGCACCCUUGCGGCCUUCAGUGUGGCGUACGGCUUCGACAAGCGCCUGGACGUCGACCACACCAGCAUGGCGGAAUGGCGGCGCGACGCGCAGACCAAGGUGCACGGCGACGUGUUGGAGGCGUAUGUUGCGGCGGUGGUGUUGAGUGAUGCGCAAGACGGGUUCAGGGCCGCGGAAGAGUGGUUGACGGAGCUGUGGGCGCCGAUGCUGGAGGGUGAGGAAGGGAAGCCGGCGGAUGAUGCGUGGAAGGAGAGGCUGUUCACGCGUGUUGGGUAUAAGGGCGUCAAGCUGGCGUAUGUGGAAGAGCGGCCGAUGUUCAUGGGCAAAGGUGUCGAGACGUACUUUGUGGGUGUGUACUUGACCGGCUGGGGGUAUGAGAAUCAGCUGUUGGGAAGUGGGCAGGCGUUGAGCAAGAAGGCGGCCGGCAUGGAGGCGGCAAGGAAGGCGCUCGAGGAGGGUGAUGAGGCGCUGCUGCAGGAGAUCGAUGUUUUGAAAGCGGAGGCGAUGAAGAAGGACCAGGAAGAGAGAGAGGCGAAGGCUCUGGAGAAGGAGAAGGAGAGUGGGAAGGACUCUGGGGACUGA